CAGCUACACGUAGGCUAUCCAAAUGGCUGCCAGCGCGACACGAUGGGGAAUACUUGGCGCAAGUCGAAUCGCUCACGAUUUCCUCGUGGCCAUGAAAACGUUACCAGAAAACGAGCACACGGUAGUGGCAGUAGCCUCUCGCUCUUUAGAGAGAGCGGCCGAGUUUGCAGGCAAACAUGAUAUCGGGAAAGCGUACGGUUCCUACGAGGAACUUGCUAGGGACGAGAACGUAGAAGUUGUGUACGUCAGCACCCUCCAUCCCACACAUGCUCCUCUUUGUAAACUAGCCCUGAAUCACGGCAAACAUGUCCUUUGUGAAAAACCAAUGACAAUGAACCUGAAGGACACCAAGGAAUUGUUUGAACUUGCUAAGGCAAAAGGAUUGUUCAUCAUGGAGGCAAUGUGGACAAGAUUUUUCCCACUGCAUGCAGAUGUCAAGAACCUAGUUGAUUCCAAUGUUCUUGGAGAGCUUCGAGUUGCCCUUGUCACAUUUGGAUUUAACUUAGACUCCGUAGAACGACUGCAAGACCCCAACCAGGGGGGUGGGGCGCUGCUGGACUUAGGAAUUUACUGUUUGAAUAUUGUGGACAUGAUCUUUGGAGGUGAAGAACCUUUAAGUAUAUCUGCAGCUGGACAGAAAACAUCUGCUGGUGUAGACUCAACAGUUACAGUGACAAUGCUUUUUAAAGGAAAUAAAACAGCUUCUUUAACUACAAGCAUGGCUGCCCAGCUUCCCAACGAAGCCACAUUCAUAGGAUCGCAAGGUUCUGUGACCAUUCAUGCUCCUUUCAAUUCUGCCACUAGUUUCACAUCACCAGCUGGAAUAAAGGAAUAUCCUCUUCCGGAGCCUUCCAUGCCUAUAUACUUUAAUAAUUCUACUGGUAUGAGAUAUGAAAUUCAAGCUGUGAGGAAAAGUUUAUUGUCAGGUGAACUGGAGAAUUCUACAAUGCCGUGGAAGACAACAGAAAAAAUAUUUCGUUGGAUGGACGAGAUCCGUAGGCAGAUAGGAGUAGUUUAUAAAGAGGACAUGUAGGCAUUUUUUCAGAGUGCACCAAACUAACUUUUUAGGUGGUGUUUGCAAAAUUGUUUGGUGAUGUAAACUUAAAAUUUGGCCUUACUAACUGAAAGCUUUAGGAUCUGUUUUUUUUUUAGUGGGUCAAUUUUUUUCGUGUCUGUGUGAGUGACUUAGCUAGCCCCACAGUAAAGCAAGCAAUGAAGCAGAGUUGCGUGUGGAAACUGUUUUGUAUCUCCUCAAUUUGUAUUUCCAUUCUAACAUGUGUUUUGUUGCAAGUAGUAUUCCACUCAUGCAUAAAUGUUGUAACCAUGCUCUUGUGUGAAAAAUGGUAGAUAGUGUCCCUGAGCUGAUUUAAAUAAGAAAACAAAAUUGGUGAUCGAAUGAAAAAACAAUAAAAACUCUGUUAUCGCAAAAUAUUGUGAUUUGUUAGAGUCUUGCAGAUCAAUUAUUUGCCUCAUUCUUUGGCUUUGGCAAAUAAUUGAUCUGUUUGCCACUGACAAGAUGUGUUUUAUUCAAGAUGAUGAAAAUAAAAUACAAUACAAAGCACAUCUUGAAAAGGAAAACUAGAUGUUGACCCUAUGGCAUCUCCCUAAGUAACAGGAUAAAACAGAUAUAAACUAUGUACUAUGAAAAUAUAUAAAAUAGAAUAUCAAUAACUAUCUACAAAAAUAUGAAUCAGGUCACUGACAAACAAUUAACAAAUCACAAUAUUUUGCAAGACCCCAUCUAGUAAUUGUUAAUUGAAGGCUUUCGUGCAAAAAGGGCGUAUAUAGCAUUUUGGGCCAAUUUUAAUUUUUGCAGGAUCGAGCUUGUUUUUGGCAGACUGACUUGUUUUGACACGAAAUGCAUGGUUUUUUUGGUUAAAGGUGUCCACUGUAAGUAACUCUGAGGAGAGAGGGAGAAAAUUGAAUGAAAAUGCCAGUUUCAGUGGUGAUCGAAUAAGGACAAACAUGAACUGUAACAACAACACUACAGAUGAAGUUAAUGAAAUCUUAAAAGAUAGCUUUAUUCAAAUGUUUCUGUUUCCCUGAAUACAUUCAAUAUCUAUAUCUGGUAUUAAUCUAUUAUUAUCAAUCAACAUAAUAUCAUUAGCUAUUAAUAAUAUUAUAAUUAUAAUAAUUAAAAUCUCACUGAUCUCCAUACUUUACUGUAUCAAUAGUAUAAUAACAAGAGACAACAAAUUAAUGUCAUGAGUACCCACACGAGGCAGAUGAAAUGACAGCAAAAAGAUUAUUGAGGCUGUUGCAAAGACAGGUCUGUUUCCUCGAGAGCUUACGGGUACAUUAAAAAAAAUUAUUGAGAUGAACAACAACCAAGUUCUUAGUCACCUCAGAACUGUCUCUCUCUAUUUCUCUCUCUCAAAUGUCUUCACGUAAAUAACCAUGAAAACUUAAUAUAUAAAUAAAUAUCUAUUUCCUAGCACUCAAAAACACUUUGAUUCUUGUUUAACUUAUGUUAGUAUGUUAUUUUUCGCUUACCUAGAAAAUAAUUUUCCUCUCAUAAAUCAGGUUGGUGAAAAUAAAUGGUGGAAAAAUUUCAAGCUUUUUUUUCCCUUCUAGCCUUGCCAUACCCAACCAUUUCUGUGUUAUUAGCUGUUAAUUUCCUUAUAGAUAUAAUAAUUGUUAUAGGAGUCAUAAUUAUGUAAAGUAAUAUCCACAAAGAGUUUAAGCAUACUAGAAAACAUUUCACAAAAUUUGUACAUUGUAUCAGCUAUUGACUUUUCUUACUCUGCAAAGUAAUUUACAAUUCAAAAAGCAAACCUUCAUAAAGACAGAUGAUAAAGUUUGGAUAUUAUAGAGUGUUUUUGUUUUAACAUAUCCUGCACAAAUUAUGGAAUGGAGGAGUUUUGUCAAGAGCGUUCUACAGCUCCAGUUUGCUUAUUUGAUUCUGUGCUCUUCACUUGCCAAUCUUAAAACCAAACCUGCCUAUGACCACUAAACAGUUCAACAUGGAAAUGACCCCAAUAAGUGUCUUUGGAAAACUUGAUAAAAGAGUGCAAUUAAAUAUUUUGAUAACAAUAAAGAAGCUCAAUAAAGCUGGCACAGAAUCAAUUCAUGAUUUGCCUUACAGGAAAGUAGUAUAGGUUGCUUAUUGGGUUCAUAGCCAAUCAGAUUGCAGGAAAAUUUGAAUGGACCAAUCAGAAGGCUGGAUUUGGCCCAAGGGUCACAUGGGCCAAAUCCCGCCUUAUGAUUAGUCCAUUCAAAUUUUCCUGCAAUCUGAUUGGCUACAGACCCAAUAAGCUACACUACUCAGGGAGCAGUAUGAACCCUGCCUACUGACCAACUCAUAUUUCCGUCCACUUACUAAUUAGUCAUUUCUGUUAACGUCAAAUAGGUUUAAAUAAUGUGAUAGAUCAAUAUGUUCUGGUUUAAAGAUGAUUUCUUUGGUAAACAAAUAUAUAUACAUCUCCUUUGGUACUAUAUAUCUAAAUUGCAUGAAAUAACUUUGUCGCCUUUGAUGACACAAUAAACACCAAGCUAAUAUUAUUUACAAACUACAUGGUAGCACUUUCAUUGCUCAUCCAUUCUUAAGUUUUUUUUCCACGUAAAAAUUGUAUUGGUUUUUAAAUUUAUAACUUGACACUUACAGAAUGUUAAGGUUAAUAAUGCUUAUCUACUGUCCAUUUUGAUAUCAAAAUAUUUGCAUGAAACUUUUCACUAACUACACAUAUCUAUCAUAAACUAUCAUAUAUAUAUCUAAAAUUAUCAAAUGACAUUUUUUCAUGGAAAUUUUAGAUGGUUAGUAUAUGCAAUGCAUGUAGGACUACAAUGCUGUCCGAUUUCGAAAUAACAUUUUGAGACCUGACUAAAUUGGCCGAGGCUGCAGGCUAGCUAGGCAGAUUCCAAUUUUGGCAAUCAGGGUAGUUUUUUUAAUUCUUUUACUGUUCUAC